UCGAUCCUUUUGUCGGACCUACCCAGUACCUAUCGAAAGAAAAAGCGUUUACGUUUACGGUUUAUCGUUUUUUGGAUAAAAAUAUUUUUCAGUGUGCAUUCAGGGCAUUUUUUAGAACUUGAAGUUGACCCCUUGACUCUGUUAGCUAUUGCGGGACUCUGCAGUAGCUCACUGGGUUGGAUCUAGCUAGUGCGCAAGGUAUGGCGACACGGAAUAUCCCCCACCGGAGCCACCUGAUUUUGUGCCUUUCCCUCAACGUCGGCUCUUGGACCCGGGUCAGGACAGUCCAGCCUCGAGGAGUGGCUGAGGCUCGGACUUGUCGGUCUAAGAGCUGGCUGCAUUUGCGUGGCCUCGUCACCAAUUCAUCGCUGUGCGGCCAAAACUUCCAUCUCGGACCUUUUGGAACUUCAAGCCAAAUUUUCUCCAUGACUGGAGAAAAAGUCGAACUUUUGAGGAUGUGGGAAAUUGGCAAAUUUUGGGUACCAAAAUGCAUAAAAUUUGCCGGCACCCCAAAAACCGUAUAACGCCUUACCUAACCACAGCGGUAUGGUCGACCCAUCCCUCCGAAAACCUGUUGUUUUGUAUAAAAUCGACCCCAAAAACCGUAAACACCCUCUCUAGCCACCACGCUAUGCUCGAUUUCCCUGUCCAGAAAGUGUGCUCGCGUGCUUGCCCCAGUUUGAUUGGGGGCAAAUGGGUCAUAGCGUGCUGUCUAGGUAAAGGUAAGGCGUUUACGGUUUUUCUGGGAUUUGCAAUUUUUGGCCUCGAAAUGGUGCCAAAGUGAUGCUUUUUUCCUCGGAUUUCUCCACUACCCUCAAAAACCGUAAACGUCAUCUCUAGACAGCAUGCUAUGAUCCAUUUCCCCUCACCCAAACAGGUCCCCCUCCGGGGUCGAUGGUUGCGACGCCUUCGGGGGCGGAUCUCAUCACCAAUGCCUGGGGCCCUGGGCCACCAGCCUACGGCCAUCAUUGCCCGGGAGCCCGGGCAGGGGCUGGGCUGCUAAUCCAAAGUUUGAAUGGGCGCAAUAUUAUGGCGGCGCUGCAUAGUUUUCGCAUCCCGCGCGUUAGCUGCUUCCCCACAGUUUUACUACUUCAGAGCCCCGAAAGGGCAAAGGGGAUGCCUGCGCGGCUGCAAGAAAAAAAAAUCAAAAUUUGUGGUGCUGAGUGGCCGCAAAAAAAUUUUUUUCCAAAAAACUGAAAACCGUAAACGUAAACACUUUUUCUUGUUGUCCGGUUCGAUCCUUUUGUCGGACCUACCCAGUACCCGCUCACCGUUGAGUAGUAACGCCUUCCGGAUGCGGAUAUCGGUCCAGCUUUUACAACGUCAUUGACACUUGUAUCAAGUUGGAGAAAACUGCGCCACGUCUGUGCUUGCUGUUGAUGUUGUGACUAGCGGAAUGGGCAUAUGGAUCUGUUGUCGUUACUGCUCGGGACCACUAGCUGAACAAGCAUUUCUCUUUGCAUGCCGGACGAAGUAAACAGCCAAAAGUCAAACCAAGCACAGAGAUACGCGACCUUUCUUGUUUCAUACUGUCGUGUGCUGUUAAUACCAUAAUUCCCUACAACAUUCAUCACUUCACCUUCUUUCACCCGGGGAAGGAAGAGCAAAUCCCUUCGGUCUGGUAUUGGUAUUGGAGCUUUUUGAUAGACUUUAUCUUUAGAAAGCCGAUACUCAUUGUUGUGUCCGGUUGAAUUUUUCGACUGCGACUUACUUUGAAAAAGCUGCGACUAGCGACUUUUUACCUUCCUUUCAGCUCCAAACUACUGUUUCUUGUUUGCACUAUCAAGCAGCAUUCGUCUGGUGUCCGUUUGUCGCAGCGCAGAAACCUAAGCAGCCCACUGUUGUCCUUGCGCGGCCUUCCAUGGAACUACUCAUAGAUAUUUGAUUUUCUCCUGCGCACUCACUUCUGAGUAUGGUUGCGUAGAUAGAAG